AUGACGAGCACGCCCAACACGCACCUGGUGUCCCUGGCGGCCGGCGACCUCCUGAUGGUCCUCCUGACGGUGCCCUUCAUCUCGAUCGUGUACACAGUGUCCUCGUACCCGUUCGGCGAGACGGUGUGCCGCGCCUCGGAGUUCGUCAAGGACCUGAGUCUGGGCAUCACCGUGUUCACGCUGACGGCCCUCAGCGCCGACCGCUACAUGGCCAUCGUGCGCCCCGUCAGCCACCACGUGUCCGACACUGCCGACCGCGUCACGGUCAUCGUCGCCGUCGGCAUCUGGGUGUUCUCGGCCAUCCUGGCGCUCCCCGCGGCCCUCUUCUCUCACGUGCCCGACAAGUUCACGCCAACGGGGGAGAAGUACCACAUCUGCACCCCCUUCCCGCCGUACCUGGGCGACCUGUACCCGAAGAUCCACACACUCGUCAAGUUUAUCGUGUACUACGUGCUCCCGCUGGUGCUCAUCGCCACCUUCUACGUGCUCAUGGCCCGCCACCUGUUGGUGUCGGCGCAGCACCUACCCGGCGAAGCGGCAGGCCAGCAGCGCCAGGUGCAGGCCCGCAGGAAGGUGGCCAAGAUGGUCCUGGCCUUCGUCACCAUCUUCGCCAUCUGCUUCCUCCCCAUCAACAUCUUCAUCAUGUGGUGGCACUUCGGCGAGAACUCCAGCAUGAACUACAACAUCUACUGGCACUCCUUCCGCAUCGUCGGCUUCUGUCUGUCCUUCAUUAACUCCUGCAUCAACCCCAUCGCCCUGUACUUCGUCAGCGGCACCUUCCGCAAAUACUUCAACCGCCACGUCUUCUGCUGGUGCACCCGGCGGAGGCGCGGGCGCAGGAGGGACUGGGACCCCACCGACUCCACGGCCACACGCCUCUCGACGGCCCCUCGGACCGAGCACGUGCACCUGAGGAUGGUCGGGGGCGCGGACAACGGCACCCACGACGCGCCCCACCGCCUCACCCUCACCAGCACCACCAGCCUCCUCUCCUCGCGGAACUACACCAACCCCGGCUCCGUGGUGUGAGCGCCAGAGUUGGGACAGCCGAGGCUCUCUCGAGGCGCAGGCUGGGCGCUGUGGAAAGGCCGGCUGUUGGCCGCCGAUUGAUCCCGUGGAAAAAGUACUAAUGUUGGGUGUCACCUGCUCUGACUCGGAAAUCUACAGUACCACUUUCUGAGCAUGGAUGACCCUCGGAAUAUUAGGCGUUCAGCAGAACAUCUCGCUGACUGUUCAGCACUCUUAUAAAAGGCCUAUAAAUCGAUGGAACUUUUGCACACAUCUCACAAAUCUCCAGAUGACAUAAUAUCUCAAGACUAGGUAGAGAUGCUAUUAAUAAGAGUCAUGGUACAGGUCUUUCUCUGAGAUAAUCAUUACAUUCAAAUGAUUCAUUCAAAGCAGAAGUGUUCCUCGGAUGCGAGAAACUUCCUUUUUCUGAGAGCCAGACGAAAAUGACUCAUUGUUUUCGGAAAUUACGAGAUUUUGUUUCUCAGAAGCUUGAUAUCUAACACAUAUAUUGCUCUUUAUCCGGUCAUAUCCAACCAUUUCCUGAAGAAAAGAAGCACAAAAAAUAAUUAAAUUCCACUUUCUCUGUCUAAACAAGGAUUCAGUAGGAUCCAAGAGGAUAAGUAGAUAGCUAUAGGAUAUUCCUCUUGUGGCAACCACGCCUACCUUUUAACUCCUCUUUCUUUCUCCCCCCCCUUU